AUGACCACUCCGAGCGAUGGUACCCCAGCUGUUUCGCGGCCAGGCACCUCCAAGCGAACGGCUUCGUCGCUGAGACCGUCGACAGUCGCAGCCCCAGAGAAUCUGGAGGUCCAGGGCUCAUGUCUACUCACGCCCGAGCCUGGGGCACCGAGACCCACUUCGUCGAAAUCUGCAGAAAGCUUCAUCUAUCGGCUGGACCCGCUUGCAGACCCACCCAACCCACCCAACCCAGCCGCUGCCUCGGACACCCUCGACGUCCGGGCCAUCAGCAGCGACUCUGUCGGCCACUCGCACACCCAGAUCCACAGCCAACACCGCCCGGGACACCACAACCUGCUCUCCGUGUCGUCGACCCAGAUCGUCUUUCCAGAGCGGCCAGAGAGCCGACAGCCAAGCGCACGAGCCAGCGCAACCCGCCUGUCGGUAUCGCAUAGGAUCGCCAAUGCUGUGUCGGACCCGUCGGUGCUGCUGGAUCUCUUCAGCCGGCCCUCCUCGGCCAUCAACCUCGCUCCUCGAACAGCGUCCCGGAGCGUCCGGGAUACGUUCACGCCUUCUCAGACCGAGAUCAAUAGGGUGACGGUUGGCGAGGGCAUCUCCAUUCUGCCCGACAUUGUUGGAUUUGGACUCACCGGUGGCUUUGGAGCGCCGGUGCCAACAUUGAUCGGAAGCGAGCCGCCGGUGCUGAUAUCCGACCCGCAAGGCAUUGUCGCCUUCAUCGGCAGAGAGGCUGGGUCCUCAACUGCUGAGAAGGCUGCAAGUCAGCCCGCCAAAGUCGAUGGCGAACGGACCAAUGCCCCAAAAGACUCCAUCGCAAAGUCCAAACACACCCGCGGCCGGAGACGCAACCGACCAAAGAUUGCUGUGGUGCCUGACGAGCCCAAGGAUGGUGGCGAGAAAGCAAAGGUGCAGCUGAAAAACGUCGAUAUUCAUAUGGAGGUGCAGGCGCCCAAGGUCAAGCGGCUCGAGAAUACCACAAAGUCCGGCCCGCCGACCUUUAUUCCCACCCAGACUCCGAUGCGCAAUCAUCACCACCGCUCGCGGCAGUUUGGCAUUACCAGCGAAUCAGAGAGUGGUCCCUUGAUGAUCGACGACAGUGCUUUGGUGGACAUGCAUCUGAAGCCGUCGUUCGAGUUUGCUCCUUUGGAGAAAAACAAGCUGCCCCAGCGCGAGCCCAGGCGGACACACAGCUACCAGUUCUACAGAUGUCUGCCAUCAAGAGCAGCGCCUGCCUUGGCCUCGUGCGAGAUGUUGUCCAAAGAUUUGGUGGGGCCUCGCUCGGCGCUGCGUGAAAAGUUCCCGGGCACACCGUCCAAGUACCAGGAUGUGUGUGAGCUGCUGCGGUGGACCUAUCCCGGCAAACCGCCGACUCCCGAGCCACCACAACACCACCAUCCACAACCCAACCCGGACCUUCCAACAUGCGCGCGGCUCCAUGUGCCGCACCUCGAGCUCAGCCACUCUCUCGGGAUGAAGCCAAAGCCUAUGCGGGUCAUACUCGAUGCUCUGGAUCCAAGCUUGAGCUUGCAGCACGGCGUCAACAUUGCACAAAGCCAAUCUGACACUGCCGAGCCCAGCCAGCAACAACUGGAGCCGUCCGACCGCCUCCCAACCUCAUUCGCAUCGCAGUAUCUUGGUUUCCAAGUUCGCGCAGGGCAUCCUCACCAGCUCCCUGCACCACUCCCGUGGAUUAGCCUGCUGGAGAAAUGGAAAAUCGGAGGCGAUCUCACCAUCGUUGCGGACCCAGGCACAGCGCGAAAGCACGACGUCGCCGGCAGGAUAUCCCGGAGCAGCAGCCCGACUCAUGGUGCCUCAUCCGAUGCGCCCACCAUCCCCGCCGAAGUGCCUCCAAUAUCACGGCCGCUGGAGAUCGCGCAGCAGGGAAGAAAAGGCUCGAGGCGAGCACCGGCGGUGCUUACAAUUCCGACGGUUCCAAUCCCUCAGUAG